AUGGCGGAAUUCCGUCUAUUUCCCCACCUUCCAAUGGAACUCAGAGAUAUGAUCUGGGAUAUGGCAAUUCGACCAGCCAAGCCGUCAGCUCAUUUCUUUUCGUUCACAGUGGACGAUAUUGAUCGUGAACAUGGUACACCUGUAGAUGAGCAUUUCAUAAAGCUCAGAUACCCAUUACAAGGACCGUGCGAAUCUCUACUAGGAGCACCAGCCCCUUACCAAUCGAGGGAGAUUUCCUGGACGGAAGGCAACCCAUCGGCAUAUUUACUCGACAGCGGACUGUGGACAGCAUGUAAAGCAUCGCGAGCACGCCUAGAAUUACACCUCCAGCUUGACUGGUGGAAAGAAGAUCGUCAGUUGGUACAGCGAAUCAAAGAUAGGCGGCCAUCUUGGCCUAACAGACCUGACAAGGUCCAAACAACGGGAUUCAAGCCAUUCACGAGCCAUUUUCAAUCCAAGUCCGAGCUACACCAAUUUGUCGUCCACCCUCACAGAGAUUUGAUCUGCAUACAGCCUCGAGGCCAUCCAACACUUCACAGGAUCGACUUCGACUGGAACUUCUACAAUUUACCAUUCUUUUUGAGUGCUCAGAGAACUGGUGUAUUAGGAAAUCUUGCUUUAGAGCUGGAUGUUGACUGGUUGAAGAGCGCAUUGAUCCAAGAGUCGUCCGGAGCUUUUCAAGGCCUGGUCUCACUGCUUGAAAUGACUUCUUGCAUUCGGAAAUUAUGGUUCAUCGACUACCGCAUCCGAUGGCGAGAUGAAGAUCUAUUAGUCAGCGAGCGGACGAUAAACUCGUUCUACGGAAAUCAUCAGCCCAGAGAACGAGAGGUAUUCCAAGGUUCUGACCGAACACUCGUCGAAGUGGACAUUGAAUGCAACGACUGGAUAGACCCAGACUGGGAUAUGUGGCAUGUCAGCAACCAGGAUAUCGAGACAGCGAAUGAAUGUUGGGAUGUGAAAUCUCGGGAUGAUCAGAAUCAAGUCACCCCCGACAGCAUGACGUUCCACAGGGAAGCAGCAGUCUUUGUCAAAAGACUGCAAGAGAAUGUAGAUGGUUUGCAUGUGAAGGUGGGGAUUCUGUCAUGCAUUAUAGGGAGAAGGUAG